AUCUCCUCAUACUAGAUUCAGAUUAGUCUUGGUGACUUUUAUUGUUUCUAUUUUCAUUUCUCUAUGUGUAAUUUUUAACUAUUAUUUUUUUCCAGGUCUCUCUGCCUGCCAAUGGAUGCUAAGUCUGCUGUAGAAUUAAUGGAGUCUUCUAACGAGGUUCAUUUUUCUGGAUUUCACAUGGAUGGUUUUGAGCAAAGAAAGGACAGCAUAGAACAACCAACAACCUCGGAAUCUGACAUGUAUAAACAACCUUUUGUCAUAGGUGUUGCUGGGGGUGCAGCAUCUGGCAAGACAGCAGUUUGUGAUAUGAUCAUUCAACAGCUUCAUGAUCAACGAGUUGUACUUGUUAAUCAGGUAUUGAAUUAUUUCUGUUUAUACUUCUCAAUUAUCAAAUUGAAAAAAUAUAUUAAAGUGAUCAUUGAAAACAAACAAUUGAUUGGUUUCUACAUCAGGCCCUAUAUGCAUCCUGUUCUAUCCAUGAUCUGAAUCUCUUGGGAUUCUGUUUUCCUUUGAUAUUCAAAGAAUUUUAAGGAAUGUUUUUAUUACCAUUAUUGUAAAUUUGACCCCAUUCACAACAAAAUAUAUCAUUUUUGUUUAUUCUUAUUCCUUUAGUAUUCGUCUAAGCUUCUUUCUGACAAUUUGCUGAUAUCAAGAGCACACAUGUCUCUCUGGGUAAUAUAGUCAAAAUAUACUCUUAUGUUAUUUCUUUGCCUAUCAUGUCAUUGAUUAUCUCUAUUUAUUCAUUCUAUUAGUUAUUCCUUUCUUUCAACUUC